ACGGCCGUGAUUGAGAGCGUCCUGCGACCACAAAUGCUUAUUCCCAUUGUUUAAAGUUCUGGAGGAUUGUCACACGCGCGCCUCAUGAAUCAAUGUUGGGAUACUAUUUGAAGAGGAAGAAGUUUUUCUUUGGAUGAGCGUAAAGUGGAAUAGUUUCCUUCACUAGGAAAUACUAAACUUCAUGUCUCUGGAAUUCAAGGAAUCGCAAGAAUUUGACAUUAUAAGGAACUUUUUCCUCACUUAAACAUGUAUGUUAUGUAACUUUAGUAUACACGAACAUGCAACACAUCAUAACCUGUUGCAUUUGAUAACUAGAACAUGUUUCUGUUCUUUAUUAUAAACGCUCGGAGUCCUUAACGGACCGAACUGAGUUUUAUUUCCUCUCAAAUCGAUGAAAGUUGCUUUGCUGGAUAUUACUCAACUUUUUGAACUCUGAGCCUUUUUUUAUAAGGGCUUGGUCUACUUCAGUCAUGACUGUGCCAAGGUCCUCAGUAUUUUGCGCUCUGGUGAGACUUCUGGCGCUGUUUAUACACGUUUAUUCGGCUACAGCAAAGAGACACGUUGUAUACUGGAACUCUACAAAUACGAGGUUAACAGGAGAUGAUUACUCUGUCCAGGUCAAUCUGAGUGAUUAUCUGGAUAUACUGUGUCCCCACUACCCUGCCAGCCACCCGUCGACCGGUCCCGCUGAGACUCUUGCUCUCUACCUGGUGGCUGAGGGCCAGUUCAGAGGCUGUGUGGAGACUAAAGAGGCCAUUAAGAGAUGGGAGUGUAACCAGCCGUACGCUCCCUACGGCCCUGUCAGAUUCUCUGAGAAGAUCCAGCGCUUCACACCCUUCUCCCUGGGCUUCGAAUUCCUGCCAGGACAUCAUUACUACUAUAGCUCACUGUCGACGGAUGAUGGACCCCCCCUCCCUUGUAUGAAGCUACGAGUCACAGUGUGCUGUCCGCCCACAACAGCCGGAUCAUCACGACGAGAAGCCACAGAGACAUCAGACCACAACGCUUUUCAUCAUGUGACAGGCGGACAAAUUUCCCUACUCCUCAUUUUCCUUUCAUUAAAAUUUUUCCUUUAGGUCCUGCUCUUAAAUAACUUAAGAACAGACAAGUAAUCAGUUCCAGGAGGUAUUUUCUUUAUCUAGUUGCAUUACAUUAAAUGCUAUUCAAACCUCUUAGGGUGGUGCUCUGAAAUAAAACACACACACACACACACACACACACACACACACACACACACACACACACACACACACACACACACACACACACACACACACACACACACACACACACACACACACACACACACACACACACACACACACACACACACACACACACACACACACACACACACACACAGACUCCAACUUCUUCCUUUGUUUUAUAUUUUUAAUCUCUGUCUUUCAGUUGUCUUUUUGGCACUCUAUGUCAAAUCUGCCUCAAAGAGCUUAACUUACUUUUUGUCCUUAUAAGACAAUCAUUACAUUACCCUCCUGUACACCAAACUGAGCCAAAGAGUCCUGCUGUAUGUACUACUGAGUGAAAGAUCAGGGACAAAGUGACCGCUCAUACCUGUGAUCAAACACAUCACAUCACCACAUUUUCCAAUUGUGGAGGGGAUCAAUGGCUGGAAAGAAAACAUACUACAAAAGUGUUGUAGUAUUUUUGGACAGUUUAUCUUUCACAUGAAGUAAAGACUGAAACCAAAGCCAGAACACACUAAAUAGUUAUCCAAUGACAAGCUGUUGUUUGUUCUGGACAAACAUUCUUUUAAAUACUAUUAUGCUGUGUUGUCCUUCAGCAGCCUGACAGAACUGAAAAAUGCUUGGAAAAUCUUGGAAUUUUGUUUAUAGAAUAUUAUGGAUUUUUUUACAUUCUGGGAUUGGAUGAUAUUUGAUUCACAUGUACAUCAUGUGUUAGUGGUGAUGAGGCAGGGAUGGCCAAUAGUGGUUCACACAGGAAAAGAAAAACUAUGACUGGGCUCCACUUGGUAUGGACUACUGUUGUUGGCCUGCACAUUUUGUGACUGUCUAUGAAGUGUGAAAGCAGUUGUAUAGUUGCUGAACUAGGCACUUAAACAUUUUUAGAUAACAUGACCAAUUUACCACUUUGUUUUCCUGUAAAUUUGUUUUGUUUAUAUUUCUUUUUUAUACUCUUUCCUUAUUCUUUCAGUAUAAUUGUGGCUAUGUGAAUUCUGUUUUUGAUAUGUUUCUUCAGCGCUGUCUCGUGGCAAUUCGUAGGUAUUUUACGAGGUGGCUGAUUUGUAUUAAUUCAUACGACCUCAUUUGUAGAUUUUUGUACAAUUUGCCUUGACCCCUGUUAAGUUGGUGUUAGGGGCGGGCUUAGGGGUUGGGUUUCGUUAUAGUUUUUUUUUAAUGAUAAUCGUACGUUUUUGCGCGAUUAACUUUGUAUCAAUUCAUACGAAUAAGCCACCUCGUAAAAUAUGUACGAAUUCUCGUGAGAUCAGGCUGGUUUAUUUGUUACUGAAUGAGGGAAUAUGCAAUUGUUUUAUGUUUAAUAGAAAUAAGAAUUGUGUGGUUUUCCAUUAUGAAGUAGUUUAUUGAUGAUAGCAGAAAAACAUUAUGCACACUAUUGCGUAAAAUAUUGCUUAACUUUUGAUUUUGUAUUUUUUUAACAUGAAAUUAUUAGUAUUAGUGGGAAAUAAAUUAUUUUAUUAAUAUACAAUCCUGUUUUUUAGGAUAAUUUAAGUAUUUGGGGUGAUGAGAAAAUUAGAAAAUGUUUGUAUUUAAAACCGGUAAAUUAAAGACACAUAAUAGACAACAAAUUAUAGUUUUUUUCCCAUUAAUUUCUGAUAAUAUUGAAGUUUUUUGGCCCUUUAAAAAAUUCUAAAACAUUUUGGUUUUGCUGUUAAUCUCAAUAUUGUUAUAAAUGGGUGCCAAAAGAAAACUGUUUACAAUGUUUUUGUUAUGGUAUCUAGGAAUGUAAUUUUCUUUGUAUUUUGAGUGUUUCACAUUUUUGUGAAGUUUCCAACAUCUUCUGUGAAGAUCUCCUGUCUUUACCAUUUUCAAAAUGAGCUAAAGAAAUAAAAAAGUUUUUUAGAUUUCAGUCUUUUUUAUCCCAGUCACAUUUGUAAAUAAUGUUAGAGUGAAUCUGGAGCCAGUCAGUCUGAGUAGCAACCAUAUGUGUAUUUCAGGCAAAACAAUUUUAGAAUGCUGUGUGACUUGCAUGUAACUGAGGAACUCAUUGUAAUUUAGGAAAUGUUAAGUGCGUCUUUUAAAAAAAAAAAUGAAAUUAAUGAAUGUUUUUAAUUCUUUAAUUUUAUU